GGCUGCGUUCUCUCUCUCCGAGCAUUCGUAUAUAUAUAUUUUAUAUAUUUUAAGUCAGUCACCCCACCUGAGCGACGAGAUCCAGCUGUUAAAUUGUACCUCGCGUGAGGCUGUUGUACCCGAGGUAACCAACAGGCCGCACUGCACCAACAUCUCCCGACGACGAGGGAGGAGCUGAAGGACGACAUGGGCUGGGACAAUGAGCUGGAGAAUGAUCUGGAGCAGCCCCGCAUCAGCCCUGUGAUGGGCAGGGAACUUCGGGCGAGAUUGCUCGAUCAGAUAGAAAAGCUGUCUUCCUCUGACAGAAAGAUUUUCAACAACGCGGCCCCUCUGAUGGGGGUCGGGGCGGCACUGGGGGGGUUGGUGUCCAACUCGAUGCUCCGCACGCUGAUGCAAGUGCGUGAAGCUGCCCUGGCCUCUGCCCUCCCCAGCGCGUUCAUCCCCUUCCUCACCGUCACCAUGAUCCACCAGGUCGUCCUGACCGAGUCAUUGUUGGGCGGCCGCCUGAACUGUGAGCUCUGCGCUACCACACGUGGCACGCUCAUCGGGGCCAUCGGAUCCGGCGUCCACCCUUUUGCUAUGGCACUGCUGCUCAACGGCAUGCUCAUAGCCAGGUACCGCCCGUGGGAUGCGCCGACGCCGGGAGAGGCGCUGCGCCACAUGUUGAAGCUGUCGAAGCCGGUGAUGCAGCGCCUGACGCCCUUCAUGAUGGCGCAGGCCGCGUUCGGCGCCUACCUGGGCUCGAAGCAGUUCAGCAUCUACACGAAGCUGCGGUCGCUGCCGCCGAGCGAGGACCUCCCGGCGUGAGCGCGCGGCGCCCCCCGCCCACUCUUGUCGCGACCGUCGGGUCGGAGGUCAUGCGGCUGUGUUACGGGAGAGCGAUGGCUCGGACGGACGAAGCGAUGCCCGUUGGCCAAAGUCUUCGCGCGACUCCAAUUCGGCGUUCCUUAUUCGCCGUGAGUUUAAAAGUCGGCCCCCUAAUUCACUUCGUUGUUUGAGAAGUUUUUGUUUGCGUGACACAGCAGGCGCGUGCUCGCGAUUCGAUGAGUAGUUCCAAUGCAGGGGUCACGGUGCGAUCCAUCUGUUUUAUUUUGCCGUUGUGGUCAUGCACGGGGUUUACGAACACCAAUAACUGGUACUCACACGCAUGAUGCGAUGCGUUUACGGUGACCGUGAGAAUAAAAUAAAAUUGACGGAUCAAUGCUUCUUAACUUGGCAAUUAAGCAGUACACUUUGCUGCCGACUGGUUUCACCAAGACCGCCCCUUAAGUGAUCACCUUGCAAAUAAGUGCUGUUAUCCUAUAAAAAAAAGUUUUAAAUUAUAUUUGUUUCAAGUUUAUUUUGUCUUUUUAUUUAGUUUGCGCUAUCGCCAUCAUGAUGUGUGAUGACGCGUCCACUUUAGGACUCUUCCAGAGCAGCGCGUCACCCCGAGUGUUGGAAAACGGCCCGUGGAAGGAUAUAUAUCACAGAACUGCUUCUUCGAUGGCUGCAUGUGACCUAAUACCAUAAACUUGAGGAUAACUACUUUCACACACACACCCUGCAACACAUAAAUGUUUGUGGUAUGGGAAUCAAACCGAUAUCCGUUUAAUUCACGGAGCCAGACUAUAGCAAAAAGUAAAAAACGAAUAUAGCAAGAUGGGUUUUUUUAAAUCGUCAUUUCUGACCAAACUGGGGCUGGCAGCUCGCUCCACACUUUUUAGUGGGCGUCUAAAACCCAGAUUUAGAACGCAGGAUAUCAGCAUCGCUGGCCUCAGUGCUAUAAAGCCUCGAGUCACGUGGCCACCUCUUAAGUGUCUCUACUUAAUUGAGGCUUCAGCAAGUUUAGAGCCGCAUUUUCAGGAGUGUUCUUAACUCUGUUCCGCUGUCUCAGCUCGCAAUUUGUUGUGGGAUAAAUUAUCAAUUUAAACGAUCCAAUUAAUUUAUUCGUUUGGAAAGUUGGUAAAUUCGUGGAGCAGAGCAUGCUGCGGUAAUGGAGACAGAAAAUUGAAUCAGAAUGCCGCCACUUUAACUCAACUCAACUAUUUUUAUUUCACCAGGUAAGGCCCGCUGAGCUAUUUAGCUCUUUUUUUCAGAGGCGACCUGGCCACACAUUACAGCUCAAUGAAGCGGCUUAUCACACAGAAAUGUAUAGCAGCCAAAUACACGUGACCACCAUGGGGAGAGAGACACGCCAACUCCAAAUGAACGUAUUGGCGGUACACCGGUGCGCAGUAUAACAAAAAAAGCACUUUUUUUUUACAACAAUUAUUUACUUUCUCACGAUUCGCAGCCCCGGACAGAAAAUAUUGCGGGGUGGUGUUGCGGCAAAAUCAGUUCUCGUGACGUCGAAGCAAUCGGAAAACGAGUUUUGUGAGCGGCUGCACACAAAGCUUUGCCGUAUAGCAGCACCCAGCCUGAUGGCGAUUGGCUCCUAUGUUCAAAAUGGCAAAGAUUUGACUCCUCGUGCCCGAGACUUGGUCGGAUGGUUCCUCGAUUCAUUUCCGGAAUAAUUUCUUGGCGGACGUGGCAUCAAAAUAUUGACGCUCGUCACGUUUGAAUGGGAAAGUAGCUGCUGAAUCUAAGGCAACUUUCUGAUGGGAAAUCUGCAGCUCACUGAAGGGGCAACAGUGACGUCGUCAGACUGUUUUAUGAGGAUCGUGUUAUCCUGCACCGGUGUACUGCCAAUACUUGCAAAUAUAGAGGCGGCAGGGUCGGCUGGAGGCCGAUCUCCUACCUUUGCUGCCGUUGUUUACCAAGUUUGCUGAGCACAGGUUAAAAGAGGCGGAAUGAAAAAUGGGCGGCCACGCUCAUGGGUAUCUCGCAGAUGUUUUCAAUUUGACCAUGAGGAGUUUUAAUUUGUGAGUAUAACACUCGGUGGCAACAGAGUUCUCCCAUUAAUGGUUUUCUCGCAAGCCCAUGUGAAGAGUGUUGUGGCUCCCUCGUUAUUUCGGUUUAAUGGCUUUUGGUGCCAACUUUGGGGGGCCAUUGCCUCUCCAAUUAGCGCGUUUGGCUACGUAGUGUGCGCAAUAAAUUCAGCACACAUACCGAUUGAUGCCUGUGACCUGGCCUAAAGCUGUAAUAACCUGCGACCUGCUUUUACAAUGCAAUGCAGCUCGUAUUCUGCAUUCAUACGGCGGCUAAUAUGUGACUGCAUGUCAAGAUCAUCACGCUUGGCUAUGUACGGUGUGAAAGUUCACCAUACAUACAAGAUGCUUUCAAAAGUAAAAGUAAAUCCUGCGGUUUUUACCGUUGCAUUUUUUGCGACACAAAACACCGUUUGUGCAACUGGGUUUAAACAUGUUCCCGUAUUAAUCGUCAAAAAUAAAUUGCUGUGAAAACAAUAAAAAUGUGACUGUCGCACAGAG